AUGGCGGACGACGAAGACGACAGCCCGAGACAUGAACAGUACUCCUCUGCACCGACUUCGCCUGUGACAUCUCAGCCCCGUAUAGUCCACAUCGUCAAAUCCGAGACAGGGUUCGGAUUCAAUGUGAGGGGACAAGUGAGUGAAGGAGGUCAACUAAAAAGUAUAAAUGGCGAGCUGUAUGCACCUCUGCAGCACGUCAGUGCUGUUUUAGAGGGCGGCGCUGCAGAGAAGGCAGGUCUGUUCAAAGGAGAUCGCAUCCUAGAAGUAAAUACGACAAGCGUUGAAGGAGCAACACAUAAACAUGUGGUGGAUCUUAUCAAGUGUGGCGGCAAUGAAUUAAAAUUAACAGUUAUAUCAGUACCUCAAUAUGAAUCUGAAAGAUUGGAACCCAGUGAUGACUCCUCCGGUUACUCGUAUAUAGACUACAGUGAAAAAAGAGCUUUACCUAUUUCUGUUCCUGACUAUAGACAGAUGGAAAAAAAUGGUGAAAAAUUUAUUGUAUACAACAUUUACAUGGCUGGUAGAAUGCUUUGUUCGCAUCGAUAUCGAGAGUUUUCUGCCUUGCAUCAGCAGCUCAAAAGAGAAUUUCCAGAUUUUCAGUUCCCUAAAUUUCCCGGAAAGUGGCCAUUUUCACUUUCUGAACAACAGUUAGAUGCUAGAAGGAGGGGUGUAGAACAAUACUUAGAAAAAGUUACGUCAGUGCGAGUGAUAGGAGAAAGCGACAUAAUACAGGAAUUUCUUGCUGAUAUGAAUGAAGAAAAUGGAACGAGUUCCAAUACUGGGACAACCGAAGUAGAACUCAGAGUAUUACUGCCUGACAGAAACACAUUGACUGUAACAGUUAGAAGAAACAGUCCUACAGACGAAGUCUAUGAGGCUGUUGUUGAUAAACUAGGAAUGGAUGAAGAAACCGCAAAUGUCUUUGCUUUAUAUGAGAUUAUGGACUACACAUUUGAACGCAAGCUUUCACCCAAUGAAUUUCCGCACAAUCUUUAUAUACAGAAUUACUCCACUGCUACAAAUACUUGCUUAGCAUUACGGAAAUGGAUAUUUGCUGUUCACCAUGAAAUCUUACUUAAUGAUGAUGACAUGGCAGUCAACUUCUUUUUCUGGCAGGCUGUGGAUGACAUUGGCAAAGGAAGAGUAAAGCCUGCUAAUAGUUUAUUACAACUAAAAUCUUUACAAGAAAAUCACAAAAAAUUACAGUAUUUACAUCUGGCGAGAAGUCUUGAUGAGUACAAUGAAGUGGCCUUUCCUCACUGUGCGUGUGAUGCCAGAAAAAAUGGACAUGUGAUAGCUAUCUGUAGUAUUAACAGUCUCAAGUUGCAGGCGUGUUCUGAAGAUGGCCAACUCGAGGACCAAUCACCAGAGUUUACAUGGGAUGAGAUUCAGCGAUGGGAGAUUGAUGACGAAGGAAUGGCAUUUUGUUUUGAAUACGAGAAACCAGGAAAGAGGCCUCGAUGGGUCAAAGUUUUCACAGCAUAUUAUAACUACAUGUUUGACUGUUUUGAGCGCAUCACUGCAGAGAUCAACUGGAUGAAAGAAAAUCAAGUUACUGAGGAAGAAGAUGAUGAUGAGGAAGAAGCGGACGAUGAAGAGGAAGAUGAUGAAGAUGAAGAAGAUGAGGAGGAUGAAGAGUUAAUUGCCAUGCCAACAAGGCCAGUAGGAGCAGUCGGUAGCAAGGCUUUUUCUUCUCGGAAUAUUUUUGGAAGAUUGAAAAACAACGCGACGAUGCAGAAAGAUGUCUUUGAGGAUAUAAACGAUGGUGAUCUUUAAUUAUUCUGAAUGUGUGAUCCAAGCCUCCAAUCAGAAGCUUGAACUUGUGUCAUGUGACAUAAGAGAACCAAUCAGAUGGUUGCAAUCUGGCAAAGUAACAAUUAGUUUAGAUUAUUUUUCCCCUGUACAUGAUUAAGUGUGUUAUAUACCCGGACAGGUAUAUAUUUUGUAACUAGC